AUGGCUGUUGAAUAUGAAAAUUGCAAGCUUCUUCUGGUUGAUAAGAAGAUAACAAAUGCCAGGAAUUUAGUUAGCAUCUUGGAAGAUGCUAUCAGGGGAGGAUAUCCAGUAUUAAUAAUUGCUGAAGACAUUGAGCAGGAAGCUCUAGCAACCCUUGUUGUGAAUAAGCUGAGAGGAUCUUUGAAAAUUGCUGCACUCAAGGCCCCUGGAUUUGGAGAACGCAAAGGCCAAUACCUUGAUGACAUUGCUAUUCUCACUGGAGGUACCGUUAUAAGGGAGGAGGUUGGUUUAUCCCUGAAUACGGCUGGAAGUGAGGUAUUGGGACUUGCUGCAAAAGUGGUACUGACCAAGGAUACAACAACAGUUGUUGGUGAUGGGAGCACACAAGAGGCAGUAAAUAAAAGAGUUGCCCAGAUCAGAAACCUUGUUGAGAGUGCUGAACAGGAUUUUGAAAAGGAAAAGUUAAAUGAAAGAAUUGCAAAACUCUCAGGUGGUGUUGCUGUUAUUCAGGUAGGUGCACAAACUGAAACUGAGCUUAAAGAAAAGAAACUGCGAGUAGAAGAUGCCCUCAAUGCAACAAAGGCAGCUGUUGAGGAAGGCAUUGUGGUUGGUGGUGGGUGUACCCUGUUGCGGCUUGCAGCAAAAGUUGAUGCCAUAAAGGAUACUUUAGAUAACGACGAGCAGAAGGUUGGAGCAGAUAUUGUUAAGAGAGCAUUGAGUUAUCCAAUGAAGUUAAUUGCUAAGAAUGCAGGGGUGAAUGGAAGUGUUGUUAUAGAGAAGGUGUUGGCAAAUGAUAAUUCCAAGUUUGGUUACAAUGCUGCAACUGGAAAAUACGAGGAUCUAAUGGCUGCCGGCAUAAUUGAUCCCACAAAGGUUGUAAGAUGUUGCCUGGAGCAUGCAGCAUCCGUGGCAAGGACAUUCCUCACAUCUGAUGCUGUAGUAGUCGACAUCAAGGAACCUGAACCCAUACCUGCUGGAAAUCCCAUGGGCAAUUCAGGUUAUGGUUACUAGUUGCUGCAGCAUCUGUGGGAAUUGAAACAGUUGGAUGAUAAAAUCCCACAAUGUCUUUUUCACCGGCUUGAUUUAAUUUAUGUUUCGAGGGGUCAUAAAAAAUGUUGGCAGUUUUCAGUAUUGGGAAUGCUUAGUUGAUUUUGAAUAGAAUCCUGAGAUGUCGUAGCCUUCGUAUUUUUCUUGCAGUAGUUGUCGUCACUGGCAAAAUCUAGCUAGUGGUACGAUAAGAGCAAAGGUGCGGGGCGAAUAAUUUUAUUGUCUCUGUAUUUCUGUAUCUGUAAGUUGCACUGGAAAAUGAUUGUUGUCAAUAAAUGGGAAUAAUUUGCUUGAGAAGAGAGUA